AUGUUUGGAAGGAAUUUCCCGUUCUUUAAUUCCAUCGGCGGGUUUUAUCCACGUGACAAUAUAGAUCCGAGAAAGUCGACCGGCUAUACUAGCAAAGUCCGUGUGCGCGAUAAAUACCAUAUUGUGGGAUUUAUCAGUAGCGGUACCUAUGGCCGUGUUUACAAGGCCGUUGGGAAAAAUGGACAGAAAGGCGAAUUUGCAAUUAAAAAGUUCAAACCGGAUAAAGAGGGCGAAAUUAUCCAGUACACGGGCCUCUCUCAGUCGGCAAUCCGGGAGAUGUCCCUGUGCUCUGAACUAGACCACCCUAAUGUCGUGCAGCUAGAAGAGAUCAUCUUGGAAGACAAGUGCAUCUUCAUGGUCUUCGAAUACACAGAACAUGAUCUGCUUCAGAUUAUCCAUCACCACACCCAGCCUCAAAGGCAUGCUAUUCCGGCGCCGAUGGUCAGGUCCAUCCUGUUCCAAUUGCUCAAUGGCUUACUUUACCUUCAUACGAAUUGGGUCCUGCACCGAGACCUGAAACCAGCAAAUAUCUUGGUCACGUCAAAGGGUGCCAUUCGUGUCGGAGAUCUCGGACUUGCACGUCUGUUCUACAAACCCCUAAACUCUCUAUUCUCCGGCGACAAAGUCGUUGUUACAAUUUGGUAUCGUGCUCCCGAACUGCUAAUGGGCAGCCGACAUUACACCCCUGCCGUCGACCUAUGGGCUGUGGGAUGCAUAUUUGCCGAGCUGCUCUCCCUCCGCCCUAUUUUCAAGGGCGAGGAAGCAAAAAUGGACAGCAAAAAGACGGUACCGUUUCAGCGGAACCAGAUGAUGAAGAUCAUCGAAAUCAUGGGCUUGCCCACAAAAGACGCCUGGCCGGGUAUCGUAUCGAUGCCUGAAUACUCCCAGCUGCAGUCCCUCGCAAUGUCCCGCGCACCAGGCCAUCUGCCUCGCUCGUCGAACUUGGAGGGCUGGUAUCAGAACUGUUUGAAGAAUGGCGGAUACUCUUCCGCCUCGAAUGCCGGGACCCCUGGCGCGGAUGGAUACGACCUGCUGUCGCGCCUGCUGGAGUAUGAUCCCACCAAGAGAAUCACGGCCCGUGAGGCCCUUGAACAUCCGUUUUUCCAGAACGGUGGGCCUAUCCCGGCUAAUUGCUUCGAGGGAUUCGAGGGUAAAUAUCCCCACCGUCGUGUUACGCAGGACGACAAUGAUAUCCGAUCGGGCAGCUUGCCCGGUACGAAACGGAGUGGGCUACCGGAUGAUAGUCUGAUGGGGAGAGCUGCGAAGCGGCUCAAAGAGUAG